AACCAGAGCAGAUGUUCCCUUGUAUACCUCUCCCGGUUAUCACGAUUUUUCCUCAUUAUUGGCAUUAAUAUUGUUUACGGAUUUUCUGUAAAUCAAGAGCGCACUCACAAGGAAGUGGUUUCCCCACAAGUGGAAAGAGUUCUUGCCGAAUACAGUUGCAGGUUGUUCGCUUCUGAACAAAUUAAGACGGGGAAAACAAAUAUAAUAGAAAGUGGUUAUACUGGCGAUACUUCUUAUAAGGAUCGCUCUACAACUGCUAUCAUCCUUCGUGCCGUUGAUCACAUUUGUCAAGAACUAGAAAAGUUGGAUACCGAAGAGUACAAUAAAGGAGAACGUCUGUUGACGACCAACCAAAAAAAGGGUAUGGUAGUGGAACUGCCAGUGAGGUAUUGCUUUGAAGUGUAUAAUCUUUUAAAAAGAGGAGCUAACAGACGAGUAACUAAUUUGGUCGAUCUCGUUGAGGCAGAAAAUAUCGACCAGUCACUGCUCACUUUGGGUCGUGUUAUCAUUGUGCUGACAGCACCUGCUCCUCAUGUGCCUUAUAAAGAAUCUACAUUCACUCGCCUCCUACAGGACAGUCUUGAUGGUAGCACUCUUACGACUUACUCCAUCAUGGCUAUAUUAUCACCAGCGUCUACUAACUACGAUGAGAGUGCAUCCACAUUAGAAUAUGCUGCAAGAGCAAAGCCGAUAAGCACGCUACUUAAAGAUUACAAUGAAGAAAUCGAAAAACUCCGAAGGGAUAUACGCCCUGCUCGCGAAAACAAUGGCAUUUUCGCUAGCCAUGACAGCUAG